AAAACUGUGAAAAUGUUUCAAAGUUUUAUGUUUGAAGAGGAAUCUUCAAUUAUCACAGCAAUAACUGUGAUAACUUUUUUGUUUUUAGCUUAUUUGGGUGUUUCUGAAAUUGCUGGAAAACAUCUCCAAUACUCCAAAUUUUGGAAUGUUAAUGCAAAUUCUGGUUCCUCUAGUAGUAAUUUUCUGCAGGGGAAAAUGUCUAGUAAAUUAGGGAUGUUUAUACUUUAUGCACCUGCUUCUGUUAUGGGUUUUGCUUCAUUUUUUAUGUACCCAGAUGGUGGAACUAGGUUUAUGUUGCUUAAAUCUGCUGUUACUAUACAUUUCUUCAAAAGGGUUCUUGAGGUUCUGUUUGUUCACAAAUACAGUGGUGGGAUGAUCCUUGGAUCAGUACUCCUUAUUUCAUCCUCCUAUUUUAUGGUUGCUGCAGUCAUGAUCUACAUCCAACACUUAACUCUACAAUAUACGGAGCCUGAAAUCGAUCUGAAGUCUAUCGGUGUACUGAUAUUCUUAGUCGGAAUCAGUGGCAACUUUUAUCAUCAUUACCUCCUUUCCAAGCUCAGAGGCAGUAAAGAGAAGGGCUAUAAAAUUCCGCAAGGCGGCCUUUUCAGUAUGGUCAUAUGCCCUCAUUAUCUUUUCGAGAUUCUGUGCUUUGUAGGGAUCUCAUUCAUCUCCCAGACAUCGUUUUCGUUUUGCUGUGCUGUGGGUGUAGCUUUAUAUCUGUCAGCAAGGAGUAAUGUUACUAGGAAAUGGUACCUUUCUAAAUUUGAAAAUUUUCCUAAGAAUGUUAAAGCUUUGAUUCCUUUUGUUUUCUAGAGAAAAUGAUGUACUUAUGUUAAA